AAUAUAACAAUAAUUUUUAUUAUUAUAUUAAAAUAUUAAUCUGUCCUUAAAACACGGGAUAUCUCCAAGCAUCUAUGUAAAUCGGUUUCAUGCUGUGGACGAGCGGUUGGAUGAUUUGGUUUAUGUUUUUGUGUUGUCUAGCUUUUCUUGUUUGUGGUUGUUUUUUCUUUCUCCUCUCUCUCUUUUUCUUUAAUUGGGCUUCUCUAGUGUAUAAAGGCCCAUUUGAGACUAUGACCAGAAAAGCAAAAAACGAAGGAGUGUGAAGUGGACGGGUGCAACGAAGGGUCAUUCUCGUAGACGCUUUAAAAACGAAGUGUGAGUUAAAAAAAAACUCUCAUCCCCGACUCGACGGAGACAGACAGCAACGAUGAUACAGUUAAGGAAACUGUUGGAGAAAAAUCCAAGUGAAAGUAGCGGAAGAUGUAAGAUUGAUUCUGGUUCUUCUUCUUCUUCUUCUUCUUCUCCUUUCAAUUGGUUGCCUGAGGAAUGCAUUUCAAGCAUAAUCUCCUUCACAAGUCCUGAAGACGCCUGCGUCAGUGCUGUGGUUUCUAAAAUCUUUAAAUCGGCGGUGAAAUCAGAUAUCAUAUGGGAGAAGUUUAUCUCAGAAGAUUAUAAAUCUCUGAUUCCUCCGUCGCGAGUCUUCUCGUCCAAGAAAGAACUCUAUUUCUCCCUCUGCCACGAUCCUCUCCUAAUUGAAGAUGGCAAAAAGAGCAUAUGGUUAGAGAAAGCGAAUGGGAAGAGGUGUACCAUGUUAUCUCCGAUGAACUUCUUAAGCAUACAUAGUGAUACUCCUCCGCACCUCCACUGGUUUCCAAGUCAUGAAGCUAGAUUUGAAUUGGUAGCGGAGGUUCCCCAAACAUACAAGUUCGAGUUUCGUUGCAGAAUGAAUACUUGUGUCCUUUCUUCAAGAACACGUUACUCGGUCAACAUUGUGUUCAAGAAAGGGUUUGAGUGUUUUGGCUUUAAGAAUGUGGCUAUGAAGGCUGAAGUUUGGCUGGUGGGAGAUGAAGCCUAUAAAAGAUUAGUAUGCUUUGAUAUGUCUACUGGUGGGCGGAAGGACACGGUGAAACCCGUGGCGAGAGAAGAUGGGUGGAUGGAGGUAGAGAUUGGGGAAUUUUUCAAUGAAGGAGGGUUGUAUGGUGAUGAAAUUGUUGAGACGAGUAUUUUUGAAGGUACUAAAGCCCGCAAACGUGGUUUGAUCAUUCAAGGAAUUGAAAUUCGUCCUUCGAAAAUUCUCCCUGAGAGAAAACGCAUUGCUAUAUCUAUUUAGAGAAAAAAAAAAUUGGCGGUUU